AUGAGAAACUAUUGGAGGGAUAAUGAUACCGCUCUUUUCAUUUUGAAACACUUGUAUCGGAAUAUACCAGAAGAACCCAGCUCACCUGAUGAACCCAUAGAAGGCAGCUCAAAAAAGGAGAGUGGUUUGGAAGGCUGGUCUCAUGAAAGAGACCCCACUGAUGAAGAAAUCCCUUUAACAUUUGCUGAAAGAACCCUUGUAAAAAAAUUCUCUAGAAAAACAAAGAGAAUUAUGAAGGGCUGA